UUACUUCAACAUUAGAAAUCAAUAGAAAAAUGUGGCAACAUAUUUAUCAGAUCGGUUUAGUAUUAUGUGCUAUAAAAAUUGUUAUAAGCUAUCGUACUCCCGGAGUGUUUACUAAUAAACUAGAAGAUUUCAACGAUUAUCAAAAUAUGCGGCCAUUUGUUAAAGUGGGUAAAAAAUUUUAUUAUUUUGGACACAAUAAGGUUAGUUGGUAUAAUGCCUUAUUAACCUGUCACAGUAUGGGUGGUUUUCUGGCCUCUUUUGACACGGCCGAAGAAUUAGCAGAACUAUCCAAUUAUUUGAGUACGAAAUAUUCCAGAAAUUUUAAUUGUUGGUUGUCCGCCUCUGAUCAAGAUGUCGAGGGUCUUUGGGUUUGGUAUAGAACAGGUGAACCUAUUGCUUAUGCUGAUUGGUACGAUGGUCAACCGGAUAAUUUUAUGGGUGUUGAGCAUUGUGCACAUUUGCUUAGUGUUGGCAGAAAGUAUCAGAUGAAUGAUGAUGAUUGUAAGACUCCUAUGUUUUAUAUUUGUGAAGCUGAUAAAACUAAAACUGUAGCUCUUAGUAUAUUUUAAAAUCGGCAGCUAUUAUAUAUGUUUCUAAAUAAACUAUUACUAAUAAGUACCCUCCGU